CGCGGGGCGGCCGCAGGCGGGGAGCGUUGUGGAGGCGGGGGGGCCGCGCCAUGCGCCGUGCGGCGGCCCGGGCUCGCCGUCCUGCGGCGUGAGGCAUGUCCCCUCGCCCGAGGGAGCAGCCACAGGCCUAGCGCGUGCCCAUGGCCGAGGAGCGGCAGGCCGAGGGGCCGGCGCCGCGGCGGAGCGCGGCCACCCCCGCGGGGGCGCUGCCGGCCCUGGUGCCGGGGCUGCCGGGCGGCGAGGCCAGCGCGCUGCAGCACAAGAUCCGCAGCUCCAUCUGCAAAACUGUACAAUCUAAAGUGGACUGCAUUUUGCAAGAAGUUGAGAAGUUUACAGACCUAGAGAAACUCUACCUCUACCUUCAGCUGCCUUCGGGUCCCAACAAUGGAGACAAAAGUGAUCAGAUCUCCAUGUCGUCCAGCCGUGCCCAGCAGAUGCACGCCUUCUCGUGGAUACGGAACACCUUGGAGGAGCACCCUGAGACAUCCCUUCCCAAGCAGGAGGUUUAUGAUGAAUACAAGAGCUAUUGUGACAAUCUUGGCUACCACCCGUUAAGUGCUGCUGACUUUGGAAAGAUCAUGAAAAAUGUCUUUCCAAAUAUGAAGGCCCGUCGUCUAGGCACAAGAGGCAAAUCAAAAUAUUGCUACAGUGGACUGAGGAAGAAGGCUUUUGUGCAUAUGCCAACACUGCCCAACCUUGACUUUCAUAAAACUGGAGAUGGGUUGGAUGGGGCAGAGCCGUCCGGGCAGCUGCAAAGUGCUGACGAGGAGGUUGUCUCUGCGGCCUGCCGGCUUGUUUGUGAAUGGGCACAGAAAGUGCUGAGCCAGCCUUUUGAUACAGUCUUGGAAUUGGCUCGUUUCCUUGUAAAAAGUCACUAUACUGGUACCAAGUCGAUGGCAGCUUUGACAGUAAUGGCAGGGGCACCAGCAGGAAUAAAAGGGAUCCCCCAGCCCUCAGCUUUUAUACCUACUGCUGAAAGUAAUUCCUUUCAACCGCAAGUGAAAACUCUGCCAUCUCCUGUUGAUGCUAAGCAGCAGCUGCAGCGUAAGAUCCAGAAGAAGCAGCAGGAACAGAAGCUGCAGUCUCCUUUGCCAGGAGAGUCCCCAGCAAAGAAAACAGAAGGCACUGCAACCAACGGCACGACCAGUAUAUCUAAUGGAAGUCCUGCAAUUCUGUCUCCCCCGCCUAUUGGCAUUGUCGUGGCAGCUGUCCCCAGCCCGAUACCGGUGACAAGGACCAGGCAGUUGGUGACAUCACCAAGUCCUAUGGGAUCAUCUGAUAGCAAAGUCCUGCCGCUCAACGUUCAGGUGGUCACUCAACACAUGCAAUCAGUCAAGCAGUCACCAAAGACUCCCCAGAACGUUCCUGCCAGCCCCGUUGGUGACCGCUCUGCCCGGCAUCGCUACCCGCAGAUCUUACCGAAGCCAGCAAAUACCAGUGCUCUUGCCAUCCGCUCCCCCACCACGGUGCUCUUUACCAGUAGCCCCAUCAAGACUGUUGUGCCAGCUCCACAUGUGAAUUCCUUAAACGUGGUAAAAAUGACAGCAAUAUCUCUUGCCCCGAGCAGCAGUAGCGUGCCCGUCAAACAGACGCCUUCAGUUAGCAGUGGUGCAGGAGCAGUGGAAGAAGGGAGGACUGGUCCGCAGAUUAAAAAUGGAUCCGUUGUUUCACUUCAGUCUCCGGGAUCCAAGCCUAGCACUGUUGUAGCUGCACCUGCGGUCACAAUCAAAAUGGAACCAGAAGCAUUGCUGGAUGAGAACUCGGUACAGGGCCAAGAGCGCUCUGAUGUGUCUAAAUCCAUAAAGGCAACCUCUGACCUGCCUCCUGCUCAACUAAUUAAUUUUGAGGUUACGACCUUGAAGGUUUCAGCAGAUAAUGUCGUGGUGGAGGCAAAAGCAGUUAAGGGCUGUGAUCAGGGAGCUGAAGAAACAGAGACCAAAUAUAAAACACAAUCUAACGAGAUCACACCGGCUUCUUCAGCAGGCAAUAAUCAAAGCACUCUAAAGCUCUCAGUUGCCAGUCAAAACUUGUCCAGCACCAGCAUUGGUUCACCUCCUACUGGUGAGUCUACGAUUAAAGACAAAACAUGCACUAAAAGUCCGAGAAAGAGACAACCUUCUGCACUUCAGGAUUCCCAGGUACCGCCGGUAAAGAAACCACUGGUGGAGCAGCUUUCAGCCGGUAAUGCUGUGGAGGGUCAGAAAGCAAAUGGUCUUAACAAGUCUCCAAAGGCUGGAUUGUUAGCUAGUAGUGACAGUACACCAACUCUUGCUCAAGUUCCCAGCAGCGUACCUGUACCUUCUGCAGCUGCAGCAAACUUAGCAACAGACCUUUCUUUAAGCACCAAUUUAGAUACGAGUGAUUCCACUUUAGGACAGCAACUUCCAUCAGCAUCAUCUCCAGAUAUAAAAGUAAAAUUAGAAGGAAACAUGUUUAUCAUAGAAAAUGAUUCAAAGUCUGAUGGCAGCUUUAACCCAAAUACAUGGCACCAUAUUACCAAAACCUCUGACUUCGCGUCUGUGAGUUGUGAGCAGCAGCAAGAGCUCAGUGUUAUGACUCUGGCAGGGCACGCUGGCUCUGCUGACUUACAGGAAUCGGCGUGGGAUGCAGUGCCCUGCGAGGGCGUACAGCAGGAUGCGUACAGCCAGCAGCUGCAGAGCCAGAUCCAGGACUCCUCCUUGGGUCCAUUACAAGCACAGGCUUCAAACCAGUUACCUCUGCAGUCGGAGCUGAAAGAAUUUGAACACACAGUCCCUCCGUCAAAUGAAAACUUCUUUUCGUUUGAUGAUGACCUUACUCAGGACAGCAUUGUGGAGGAGCUGGUGCUCAUGGAGGAGCAGAUGUCCAUGAAUAAUUCUCAUGCUUACGGUGGUUGCCUGGGAAUGGCGCUUCAGAGUCAGGCUGCAGCUCAAGGAGCUCCUGUACCAUCUCAUCCAAGCAGUGUGCACUUUUACCAUUCGAUCCAUAACAACAGCACUCCGAUUCACACUCCCACUCCCACCCCUACCCCGACUCCCACCCCCACUCCAACUCCAACACCCACCUCCGAAAUGAUUGCUGGAUCUCAGAACAUGUCCCGAGAGAGCCCUUGCUCGAGGCUGGCUCAGACGACUCCCGUAGACAGCGCUCUAGGAAGCAGCCGGCACACGCCCAUUGGCACGCCGCAUUCAAACUGCAGCAGCAGCGUCCCUCCAAGUCCUGUGGAAUGCCGAAACCCGUUUGCGUUUACUCCCAUCAGCUCCAGCAUGGCCUACCACGAUGCCAGCAUUAUAUCAAGUAGCCCUGUGAAGCCGAUGCAGCGGCCUAUGGCUACCCAUCCUGACAAAACCAAGCUGGAGUGGAUGAAUAACGGCUACAGCGGUGUCAGCAAUUCGUCGGUUGCAAACCACGGCAUCCUUACGAGCUAUCAGGAGCUGGUGGAAGACCGCUUCAGGAAACCUCACGCUUUUGCCGUUCCUGGCCAGUCGUACCAGUCGCAGCCGCGCCACCACGACACUCACUUCGGCCGUGUGACGCCCGUUUCCCCGGUGCAGCACCAGGCAGCCCCUGUCAGCAGCACCACCAAGCAAGAGGGCUUUGCUGUCCCUGCUCCUUUGGACAACAAAGGAACCAGUUCUUCUCUCAACAACAGUCUGAGAUGCCGGAGUGUGAGCCCUGCCGUCCAUCGCCAGCGUAAUCUCAGCGGAAGUACUGUCUACCCCGUUUCAAAUAUACCGCGCUCUAACCUGACGACUUUUGGAAGCCCGGUCACUCCUGAAGUUCACAAUGUAUUUGCAAAUAUCCACGCAGACACCAGUGCCAAUAACAUAGCGCAAAGAAGCCAGUCAGUCCCAUUGACUGUGAUGAUGCAGACGGCCUUCCCGUCUCUUCAGAAACAAACAAACACUAAAAAAAUAACCAACGUGUUGUUAAAUAAACUUGAUUCUGAUAACGAUGAUUCGGUGAGAGGUUUGGGAGUGAACAACAUGCCCUCCAAUUACACAGCCAGGAUGAAUCUCACUCAGAUUUUAGAGACAUCCGCCGCUUUUCCUAGUGCCAACCCGCAAAGUAUGAUGAAUUCCAGCACUUCAGUUUAUGAAUUCCAAACACCAAAUUACCUCACAAAAAACAGCAGCACCGAUCAGAUCAGUUUUUCUUCUGGAGAUAACCAAGCACAAUCAGACAUCGGAGAGCAGCAAUUAGAUUUUAGCAGCACUGUAAAAGACCUUUUAGGGGAGGACAGUCUGCCAACAAACCAGCAGCUGGUGAAUCAGGUGGCAUCAGAUCUCAAUAACGUUGCAUCUGUCUUUUCCAGCGACAUCAGGUUGUCUUCCGAGCUCUCAGGCAGCAUUAACGAUCUGAACACUUUAGACACAAAUCUACUGUUUGAUCCGAGUCGUCAGCAGGGACAAGAUGAUGAUGCUACACUGGAGGAAUUAAAAAAUGACCCCUUGUUUCAACAAAUCUGCAAUGAAUCCAUUAACUCAAUGACUACAUCAGGUUUUGAGUGGAUGGAGAGCAAGGAUCAUCCUGCUGUUGAGAUGUUGGGUUAAUCUUGUUUUAUAGUAUGUAUGUAGCACACUGUAUCUAAAAGACAGACGUAUUGUAUUUGUCUUAAUGGAAGUGCCUCCCGCAGCAGAAACACUUGCUAUGUGUUGUGGCAUUUUUAAGAAGUUUGCUGUACCCGUUGCUCAUUCUUCAGCAGGGAAAAGGCAGUCUUACCAAUUUUAAGCAUAUCUCCGAAGGUGAUGGGCUAUCAAAGAGCCAGUAUUACGAUUUGAAUUCUGUAGUGGUUCCCAUUCAGCAUUUCUUAUUGUAGCAAAUAAAGAAGUGGUUAAGAGCCAGCUAGCAGUGACAGCUGUGGUUGAGCUUUUGGGAGGGGUUUCAGUCAAGCUUAUUAGUAGGCUUUCCAUACCUUGUCUUGCUUGUUACUUCUCAGUAGAUGAUCCUACUCACCUUUGUCUUUCAGGUCUGAAAUGCAGGGUGCCCGCAGGCGGUGGGGAGGGGGGACGCGUCACCCAGGUGGCGUGCGGGUGCCUGGCCGUUGCGGAGCACUCGAGCACUGCUCAGCGGUGAACUCUGGAGCACUGGUGCCAUUGCCAUCUCUAGGAAAAGGCAGAGAUAGAAAAAAACAACAGGGAUGAAAGAUGCACUAAACUUUUUAUUUAAGAGAAAUAAAUCUAUGUAGUUAUUUUAUCCAUUAAUAUUCAUGACAUACUUGAUAUUUCAGUUCUCGCUGCAGUGUUUUUAUUUUAGGUAAAAUUCAUGCAAAAAGAUUUUGAGCACUGAGAUUUAAUCUAGGUGUGACACCCUAUUUUAAAGCGAUAGGUACUGUUCAAUUAUUUAUCAACACUAGAGAAGGAACGUGAUAUUUUCCCUCUUCUUUAAAUAAAAGAGCUACUGGAGCUCAUUAAAAUAUGAUUUUUGGAGAUUCAUUUUUUUAGGUUUGAUCUUUCCUAACCUAGUGGAGGGUGUAGGGAGAUGUUCUUUUCUCUGUUUUUCAGUAGAUUGAGCCGUUUGUCUUUCUCGCUCUCUUUUUCUCAAACAAAAGAUGAUUAAAAUAUUAGAAAAUGUGGUUGAUCUAAAAAUAUUUCAUAUAGAGCCAUAGUACUGCCAGGCACUUUACAGAUGCACAGUAAGACGUGAUCUUCCUUAUGGUAAAACUUUUAAAACUACUUACUCCAUUUCUGUUAGUGAUUUGACAGGACUGGUGAAUCUCAUUUCUUUUAGAAGUCAUUAGCUGCUCAUCUGGAAAAUGGCAUUUAGACUUCUGCUUCACUGGCACCAAAAGAGACCUUUUGUUUUAUCAGCAUGGCAUGAAUCACUCUAAUGGUGAAAAGAGAGGUUCCUCACUGGCCGUGGCCCUGAUGCUGGAAGAAGGACUUGUGGAGGUGAGCUUUUACAGGACAGGUGGUGCGCUGCGGGUGCUACAGUGCCAUCCCUUAAGCUUAGGCUGAAAUGGAUUUAUUGCUCCUCUGAAGUGACACUUAAAUCCAGAACACAGAACAGGAAGCAUUUUCCACUCUUGCAUUACUGUUUUGAAUGAGCAGUCAUGAAUUUAUGAAGGGGAAGGCACAAUGAGUUUCCCCUGGAUCUACUUAGGGUGAAGAUGCUCAAGUUUUUGGGGGUGAUGAGGUCGGGGGUUUUUUCAGUGUCUUCGUGGUCUUGUGUUUCUUCAGUUUUUGCUGGUGACUCGAGAGCCCAGCACUGGUCCAGUUUUUCACCCUGUCAGUUCAGCUCAUGCUGCUGUGUCGGCACUCGAGGUGCUGGUGUACCGUGGCUUCUCUUGCUCUUGCCCCACUUCAUCACCAGUCUAUGGCCUCUUCUGCAGGGACAAACAGUCGUGCCAAGCUGUAGCACCCACCUGACCCUCCCCUGGCGGAGCUUGAGGCCAUUCCCCCUUGUCCUGUCCCCUGUCCCUUGGGAGAAGAGCCCAGCUCCCUCCUCUCCACAACCUCCUUUCAGGUAGUUGUAGAGAGUAAUAAGGUCUCCCCUCAGCCUCCUCUUCUCCAGGCUAAACAACCCCAGCUCUCUCAGCCGCUCCUCGUCAGACUUGUUCUCCAGCCUCUCACCAGCUGCGUUGCUCUUCUCUGGACACACUCCAGAGCCUCAACAUCCUUCUUGUGGUGAGGGGUCCAGAACUCAACACAGUAUUCGAGGUGCGGUCUCACCAGUGCCGAUUUUCUUCCUUUGAGACAAAGCGACCCUUUGAAGUUUUGUUAAGGAAAUGGGAAGGAGACUAAAAGCUGCCUUCUGCCUGUUCUCGUGCCAGGUGCCUGUCAGUGUGGCUUCAACCAUUUUUCAUGUAGACUAAAUUUGCUGAAGGCAGGGCUCGAGUUCUGUGCGCGCCCGUGGCGAGAGACGUGGUGUGCAUCCUUUUCCCUUGUAGACUGCACUGAGUCUGGGAGAUGCUCAGCACUUUGGUUUUGAUUCCCAGCCCUGUGCCAAGUGCCGGCCGUACUGUGAAGGGGUGAAACCUGCCUUCCUUGGAGAGCUCUGGGGGAGGACGUGAGUGCUGGAGCCGUGGGGAGAAGCUGCACAGGGUGCGGCCACCCGUGCGCUCUCAGGACGUGCUGGCCCCGUCUCCAGGGGAUUAACGCAGAGGCGCAGUGGAAGUAAGUUUUUUGCCUAACUCCACUAGUGUUUUAAGAACAUCUCUCAGCAAAGCAAGAGUAGAUUUAAAGCUGGUGCAUUCUAAAUUACGCAGCCAUCACCAAAGGUUUUUAAAAGUGCGUUUAAAUUUAUUUUUAAAUACAAGCGUUAUAUUGGGCCUAACGUCUGACUUAAUUAGCGGAAAUAUUCUGUAAUCAGUGGAUUUAAAGCAAAGAUGUUCAAUUCGAUAAGGGUUGUUUCGAGUAAAAUCCAAGGCACAGGCACAGCUUUGUACAUUGGUAUGUGUUAUUUUAGAGGUGUUUGUGUGUUGGUAUUACAGUUAAUAAUAUUAGGUCCCCGUAUGUAGCGCUAGUUAGUUCUUUACUACCCAUUGAGACAGAGCACUACUGCACACCAAAGUAUGCAAUACCCAAAGGAAAAGUCUGUGAUUCUAACAAAUGGGAGCCUGUCUGCGUCAGAGACUCCAAAACUAAGGAUUUGAGACAGUUCUGACCCCUUGUUUACAUUAUUGGCUUCCUACUAACAUAAGAAAUAAAUUAUUUUGCUAUCAGUUUUUGCUAAAUUAGACAAACUAGGGAAUUUGUACCCUGUGUACAGUAUUGCAGCAAACACUUUAAAUUUGGUUGGUUAGUCCAGAAAACUUUCUGGAUUCAUAUAUUGCACUAAAAUUCUGUUGAACCUGUGGCAGGCACAUUCCUUAGGAUAAAUGCAACAAAUACGGCCCACGGAUUAAAAAAAGGAAAAUCAAAACAACAAAAAAAACAAACCCCUUUUUAAUGUGUUUCAUUAUUAAAAGGCAAAAUGUCAUUAAAAGUGACAGGUGAAAUUGUCUUAUGUAGCAAUGUGCAUUGAUCUCAAUGAGAUAUUUCUAUUUCUUAUUCUCUUACAUGAGAAUAUUACAGCAGGAAAAAUUGUUUAGUUUGCUUCACCAUGUUAAUACAUGAUCACAAAACCUGCAUGAGUGUUAAUGACUUAAUCUUGUACAGUACUAGAUAUAUUCCUGUAACCACUUAUUUUUUUUAUUCUUUUGCUGUAUUGAAACUGGUUCGGUGUUAACCAGGUGAGCAUAGUUAUUCACAAGUUAUUUACUUUUUUAUGUUAACUAAUUCAGCUUAGUUAUUGUUGAAUAUGUUCCUUUCCUGGAUUAUUUUUUAUUGUUCUGGUGUUGAAAAAAAAAACAUUUUUGCAUCAUUUUAUCAUGAUAAGAAUUCAUGAAGUAAAUAAUUUGCAAAUAAUUGCAAUAAGCACUGACUUCUGAACUGAAGGAAAGCAUUUCUUGUGCAGUGCAUCUGAGGUUCAUAUAAUAGUCUUGUACUAUACUGUGCUUUAUUUACUGCACCGUAAGGAAAGAAAAAUCUCCGUUCCACGUUUUCAUUUAGUGCAGGAAAUCCAGUUUCCCCUUCUUCCCCAGUGUUUUGUUGUCUGUUGUACUGCUGAAACUACAGUAGUUUAAUAUUGCAGUAGCAUUUCAGUUAUUUUUUUUAUUGAAAGUGCUCAAAAAUUGUUUUUUAAAUGUUUUCAAAAACAAUAAAACCAUU